CCUGAUAGUAACUUGCAGUUUCCGAGCACAUGCAGAUUGCCCGGGCUAGCCUGCCGCUCGCUCGCCGCGUCCUGCUCCUCGGUCCUGCCUGCCCGGAGUGCAGCUUGUCAUUGCCAGGGCUGUCUUCCACCCGCUGGGAAAUCGCAAAAGCUGUUUUCUCUCACACCAAAGAGGAGAUUUGACUUUCUGGGGUGGUUCCAAGACACUGCAGUGCAAAGAAGAGACACUCUUAGAAAAUAAAACAUGACCAAAAGCAAUGGGGAAGAGCCCAGGAUGGGAGGCAGGAUGGAGAGAUUUCAGCAAGGAGUCCGUAAACGCACACUUUUGGCUAAGAAGAAAGUGCAAAACAUCACAAAGGAAGAUGUUAAAAGUUACCUGUUUCGGAAUGCUUUUGUGCUGCUUACUGUCUCCGCUGUCAUUGUGGGUACAAUUCUUGGUUUUACCCUCCGACCAUACAGAAUGAGCUACCGGGAAGUCAAGUAUUUUUCCUUUCCUGGGGAACUUUUGAUGAGGAUGUUACAGAUGUUGGUCUUACCACUUAUCAUCUCCAGUCUUGUCACAGGAAUGGCGGCCCUAGAUAGUAAGGCAUCAGGGAAGAUGGGGAUGCGAGCUGUAGUCUAUUACAUGACUACCACCAUCAUUGCUGUGGUGAUUGGCAUAAUCAUUGUCAUCAUCAUCCAUCCUGGAAAGGGCACAAAGGAAAACAUGUACAGAGAAGGCAAAAUUGUCCAAGUAACUGCUGCAGAUGCCUUCCUGGACUUAAUCAGGAACAUGUUCCCUCCAAAUCUGGUGGAAGCCUGCUUUAAACAGUUUAAAACCAACUAUGAGAAGAGAAGCUUGAGAGUACCCAUCCAACCCAAUGAGACACUUGUGGGUGCUGUGAUAAACAAUGUGUCAGAGGCGAUGGAGACUCUCACUCGGAUCACAGAGGAGAUGGUCCCAGUUCCAGGAUCUGUAAACGGGGUCAAUGCCCUGGGACUAGUUGUCUUUUCCAUGUGCUUCGGUUUUGUGAUUGGAAACAUGAAGGAGCAAGGGCAAGCCCUGAGAGAGUUCUUUGAUUCUCUUAACGAAGCCAUCAUGAGAUUGGUUGCAGUGAUAAUGUGGUAUGCCCCUCUGGGAAUCCUCUUCCUGAUUGCAGGGAAAAUUGUUGAGAUGGAAGACAUGGGUGUAAUUGGAGGGCAGCUUGCCAUGUAUACAGUGACAGUCAUUGUUGGCCUCCUCAUUCAUGCAGUCAUUGUCCUACCUCUCCUCUACUUCCUGGUAACCCGGAAGAACCCUUGGGUCUUCAUUGGAGGUUUACUGCAAGCACUCAUCACAGCUCUAGGGACCUCUUCAAGUUCUGCCACCCUACCUAUCACCUUCAAGUGCCUGGAAGAGAACAAUGGCGUAGACAAACGUGUCACCAGAUUUGUGCUCCCGGUGGGGGCCACAAUUAACAUGGAUGGAACAGCCCUCUAUGAGGCUUUGGCUGCCAUUUUCAUCGCUCAAGUUAACAACUUUGACCUGAACUUUGGACAGAUUAUUACAAUCAGCAUCACAGCUACAGCGGCAAGUAUUGGAGCAGCUGGGAUUCCUCAGGCGGGCCUGGUCACCAUGGUCAUCGUGCUGACAUCCGUGGGUCUGCCCACUGACGACAUCACGCUCAUCAUUGCAGUGGACUGGUUCCUGGACCGCCUCCGAACCACAACCAAUGUACUGGGUGACAGGGUGCCUCCGGGAGCCGGGAUUGUUGAGCACUUGUCACGACACGAACUGAAGAUCAGAGACGUUGAGAUGGGUAACUCGGUGAUUGAAGAGAAUGAAAUGAAGAAGCCAUACCAGCUGAUUGCCCAGGACAAUGAAACCGAGAAACCUCUUGAUAGUGAGACCAAGAUGUAGACUAACACAAAGACACGCUUUCUUGCACACCAGGGGUUUGAAACCAUCAUGAAAUGUGUCCAUCUCAUUAGGCUCAUUCUCUCCAAUGAAACCCUGCCCUCCUCUUUUCUCCCUACUGGGAAAUGAAUGGAAGGUAUUCAUCCAAAAACGGGAGGAUUUUGCGGCAGCCAAACCAUAUUCUUUUCAUCCCACAUUUGCAAUUUGAAAAUCAUCUCCUAUUAGUCUUACCUAGUAAGGUAGUGGGAUCCAAAAUCAUCUUGAUCAGUUCUCACAAAUUCAUGUGGAAUGUGAUCCCACAAACACGAUUGCUUUAUAAGUUAAAGACUCUAACAAAUAGGCUAAAGUAUUUCAAGUCAACUUUCAAAUUACAAAAAUCCUUCAGAAUAUUAGUCUCAAAACAUAGCAACUCAACGGGAAACAAUCAGCUGUCAGUUGGACUAUAGAAGGAUUUUUUGCCCCAUUCUCUUCUGACUUGUGUCUCUAUUUUCCUGGGAUCAGGAAAAUGUACGUCGACACAUCCCAUGCAGCUGUGAGAGGGGACAGCAAGUGAAAUUUCCGUGUGGCCUUGAGCAAGUCGCCUCUCAUUUCUAGGCCUCAGGGUGGUCAUCUGCACAAUAAGUGACUUCCUUAGAUGCCUUUAUGGUCUUGCUAGCCCAGUCUUCCUGUGAUUCCACAAAAGCGCCUGCCCUCAAUUUCUCCACAGGAUUACCCUGCACACCAAGUAUCGGGCAAUGCAGUACAGGGCUCUGAGAAAGAGCACUUAAUGGAAGUGAACAUCUCUGUAUCGAGGCAAGACGGUGCGUGGUUCACCAGCUCCCAUAUCCAAAAUGUCAGUUACUCCAGUUGUCGGAUCAAAGGCCAUUCCAGGAGAGGGAUUAUUCAUGAAACCCUUUGCCUUUUUCCAACAGGGGAAGUAUUCCCUUCUUUCCUCCUCUCCCCAAACAGAAGGGAAGGAUGUCUCCCACUGCUCCACUCACAAAAGACUUUUAGGAAGUAAACAGACUAGCAACUAGCAAGGGUGUUCAUGGCCUUACUGUGGGACAACACAGAGCUGAGGAAGAAGCAAGCGUGACUGGCAUUAAAGAGAGGAAUUUAUAAUACCGAGAGUUUAGGUCUUCUUUAAGGAAAACUAAAAAAGAAGAGUUUCAUUUGGAUCCUUUUUUUUAACCUGAAACACUUUUUCUUUUCACUUUUGAAUCAUUCCUCCAAGAAACAUAUAUACAAAAAUAUUACCUCUUACAUAUUACGAAGAAGUCAAAUGAACGUGCUACUACAGUUCCAUGGACUGAGUCAGUGGUCUCUAAUCAGAUCUUAGAGUGAAGAGAAAUGAAAUACUUUGCAUUGAAAUUUCACUCACCAAAUUAUUUAAAACUUGCUGCUAGAGCAGGGUUUGCUGUAGUUUUGUUUGUGUACCUAAGAGACACAGUAGAAGACAAAUCAGUAGGCAGGCAAUGUGAAUGAGGUCAUAAGAAAAGAACGCAGUGGCAUUAGUUUCAGGCAAGACAGCUCCCUGGUUGAAAAGAUUAAUUUUUGCCCCCUAAAAGAAUAUCCAGUCAAAGACACUCAGUGGGAGCCAUCAGACAGUACCAGCUGUGUUUGAGUCUCUGCCUGAAAACAGUGAUGGACUUAAUUACGCUAACAAAUGGAGAAUCUAGACCUCCACCCUCUGAUACACAAUUAGAGAUUUUUUAUAGAGACCCUGAGCAUUUCGUGCAUAUAAAAGUUAACAUUAGGCUGUGGUAGAGUAACCACUUAAUGCUGAGGCUCUAUUUGGGAAAUACACUACAAAAA